AUGGUAUCUCGUGCUCGUGCAGUUUUCGGAUAUAAUUGUUCGGGACCUUCAGUACCUAUACGCGACUACAGUUAUCAUCCAGACUAUGAGACCAAUUCGUAUAGUGCUCUAGCUAUGGUCCAACUGGAAACUGACUUUAUAACUAUAGAUCUACAUCCGAUAUGUCCACCACCAACAUAUUUCAUCGAGCCUGAAUUCUUUGCGAUGACUAUAAUGAAUAAUUGCAAGAAACCUGUUGUUAAGUUAUAUGAAAUGGAUUUUGUGAAUCCUGAUGAAUGCAAAACAUAUUAUAGGAAGUCAGGUCUUGACAUCAGUAGUAUGUGGCCCACACACACAACGUGCGCUAGAGCCGUCAGCGGCGGGGAGUGUGUGUGGAGGAGUGGGGCUGUGCUGGCACUGCGACAGGGGGGACGCUGGAGACUGGUAGGCUCUUCAAUUGUUCAGGUCGGUUUCGGGGUUUACGGUCCUGGGUGUGGAGCUCCUGCGCGCUUCCUAGACUACAGCAUCUUCCAGCGGUGGGUGCGCCACACUGUAGCGAACAUCGGCAGACCUGCCAUCUCCAGACUAUCACCGAAUGCGAUGGUGCUUAGACGAUCCUUGUCGAAUCUCCAGAGGUACGGUCCGUGCGACCUCGACGAAAUGAAGUAUGUGAUCUAUGCAGACCACACAGACAUCCAGUUUAGAGGGCUGAAUAUGAGAACUGUGAGAUAUAACGCAGAUAACGCCAAAAAAUAUGUAAAACCCAGAUUGUACUUGCGUCGGUGGUGCGCCGGCGCAGCUGCUAUGUGUCAAGAUUUCCAAAACAUAGAGAUUGAGUUUUACGUGGAGAUUCAUUACAAAGAUAGUGUCACCUAUGAUGUGAAGGCAUAUGGCCACGAAGCGAAGGCCAUAGAUGUUCGAAGAGCCAUGAAGUAUAUCAACGAGAACAAGAAAAGACCAUAA